AUGGGUGGCAAUAUACUCAAUAGACAACUUUAUCAAAAUAAUAUCAACAAUGGUCAACCAAGUUCAUGUACAUGUACUUGUAGUGGUAUGUCCUAUGGACCACCCAUAGCAUGUGUUAAUCCACAAACAUGUGUAACAUAUUGUUUACAAAGGUAUUCUGAACGAUGUACAUUUGUAACUACAUAUGGUUGUUGUGGAUCAUCUUGUCAAUAUUUUCAAGUUCACUCACUUCAAACUCGACACUGUGUAUGUAACUGUGUUGGUCAACAAUUUUUCCACCCAGCUGAUACAUGUGUAUCAUCACAAGCAUGUUUAGCACAAUGUCGUGCUAAAUAUCCUCAAGUAUGUAUGACAGGAACAACGCUAGCUUGUUGUGGAGAAGAUUGUCAAUCAUAUCCACAAACUGUUGCUGAUGCAUGUUCUUGUAAAUGUCAAGGAAAUAUUUAUUAUCCAACACCUAGAUGUUCUAGUUCUGAAGGAUGUAUUAAUACUUGUAUGACGACUUAUGGUGAAUGUACACCUGAUCAAACUCAAGGUUGUUGUGGAGCAUCAUGCUCAUCAUAUGUUCCAACAUGUACAUGUAAUUGUGGUCAAAAUUUUACAACAACAACUUCAAUUCCUUGUCAAAAUGGUCAAACAUGUCUAGAAACAUGUAUUAAUUCAUAUAGUGCAUGUACACAAGAUAAUACUCAAGCAUGUUGUGGUGUUGAUUGUCUUAAUUCAUUUCAAACAUGUUCUUGCCUAUGUGGUACUAAUCAAUAUAUACCAUUACGAAUUUCAUGUGGCUCACCACAACAAUGUGUACCAGCAUGUUUACAAUUAGUUCUACAAUGUAAUAUUGUAACUACCCAAGGUUGUUGUGAUAGUAAUUGUUUAAGUUAUAUUCCAACAUGUCGAUGUCAAUGUGGUUUAGGUAUUUAUUAUACAACAUCAACUUGUAUUAGUGCUGAACAUUGUACAAAUACUUGUAUUAGUGAAUUUGGCUAUGUUUGUACACCAAUAAAUACGCUAGGUUGUUGUAAUGGAACACUUUGCACCCGUCAAAAUCGUUUUUUAGGUGUUAGUAAAGCUUCAACAUAUCAAUUAUCAUAUGUUGCUAUUUUAUCGUCAACAAGUUGUUUUUUACAAAUUCAUCGAAAUUAA